AUGAAAGCGCGAACGAUCACAACUUCAGAUCCAGAGUUAUAUGUCGAUCCAUUAGAUAAUCGUUAUAAUUCAAGUGCGGAAGAACAUGACAAAGAAGAAUCAUCAUUAAUUCGAUCAACAUCAGACAGUCAAAAUUCGGAUGAUGAAGAUAAAAUCCCAUUAUCAGUGCCUCGACAAGCUGGUAUGAAUGUAUCCGUUAUUAGUUUGGCAAGCAUUGAUCAAAUGACUCUCAAAAAGUUUGAUAAACAAAUAUGUUCUGUUUACUCCAAUCGUUAUAAACAAGAAUUCUGGGUUGAUAAUUGCGUAGUUUACCAGUAUGGUGGAGAAAAUGAGUACAAACGACCACUUCCAUCACAAGUAUUUGAAAAAGGUCAAAAGAUUUUUUGCUCUUUAGAACUGGAAAGUUUGGAACUAAAAUUUGAACGUGUUGAAAAUGAAUUGAAACUGCAAAGUGAAUUCGAGAUGGAACGUUUGAGAAGUGAAAACGAUACAAUGAAACAAAUUAUUGGAUUACUUGUUCCAGCAUCAAUGUAUAAUGAAAAACUUGAUCAUAAAUUGGUUGAAACACUCCAGUAUAAGACAGAAUAA